ACUCCAAGAAAUAUCAUGGCUGAACCAGACUACAUAGAUGAAGACAACCCUGAACUAAUUAGACCUCAGAAACUAAUCAAUCCUGUGAAAUCAUCCCGGAAUCAUCAGGACCUUCACAGAGAGCUCCUUAUGAACCAGAAAAGGGGUCUUGCACCUCAGAAUAAACCAGAGCUGCAAAAGGUGAUGGAGAAAAGGAAACGAGAUCAAGUUAUUAAACAACAAAAGGAAGAGGAAGCACAAAAGAAGAAAUCAGAUCUGGAAAUAGAGUUAAUGAAACGACAGCAGAAGCUGGAGCAGCUGGAACUUGAGAAACAGAAGCUCCAGGAGGAGCAGGAAAAUGCACCUGAAUUUGUUAAAGUCAAAGGCAACUUGAGGAGGACAGCCCAGGAAUUGGCAGACGCUCCAGACUCCUAG